CUUUAGUUUAAUUACAUAUUAUGCAUUUUUUGUGAUUAAAUUUUAUUAAAUGACCAUUAAAUAAAAUUUUUACAAAACUUAAUUACGUCUAAAAUGUCUGUUGAUCUUUCUACAUUAAUCAAAUUGGUAAAGCAGAGGCCUGAAAUUUAUUCUCGUCAUUUUAUAUCAGAAGAAUUUAAUAACUCUUGGAGAGCAAAAGAAGCAGCUUGGGAGGAUGUUAGCAAAAAAAUUUGUGUUGAUGUUAAUAUUUUAAAGAAGAAAUGGCGAACAUUACGAGAUCAGUUUCAGAGACAUUAUAAAAGAAUACAAGCUUCAAAUGGAAGUAAAAUAGAAAUUCAUUGGCCUUACUUUGAAAAACUAUUAUUUUUGAAAGAUCACUGUAAAUCAAAAGAUCUUGAUAAUCAAUCAUUUAAAUUUGUCAAAAAUGAAGAUGAAGAUACACAGACAUCACACUUUGAUAUAGAUACUGAGGAUACUUUUGAAACACUUAAUGAUGGAGGUGAUGUUUUUAUCGAUAACCGAGAUGGUGAUGAUUUUUAUGUAGUUACAACUUCAGCAGAACAACAAAAUGAUGAAGAUGUUGAAAAUGAAAAAAUCCAGAAAAUUUGUGAUAGCAAUACUGUUGAGUUUGAUAGUGUGCCACCGCCUCCAACGUCAAGAUCAAAAAGGAAAUAUGACGAGAAAAAUAGUAAUGAUAAAAUAACUAUUAAAAAAAGUAAAUUCUCUGAAGCAUUUGAUGAUGACCAUUUAGACCGUCAAAUAAGUGAUUGUUUAGACACCAUUAAAAAUCAAACUCAAGCACAAAAAGAUCAUAUUGAUCAUUUUAGUAAUUUUAUUGCUUCAAUGAUGAGACAAUGGUCACAGAAAAGGCAAUGUGAGGCAAUGAAUUAUUUUACGAAUUACGUUAUGGAAAAUCAUAUUCGAUUUAAACAAGAUAAGGAAUAAACAUUUUUUUUUUCUGAGAAAAUAUCUGAGAAAGUUUGUACCUAACUUUUAUUACAUCGUAAGCAUGUAUAUUAAAAUGGAUAUUAGCAACGUUUAAAUAUCUAGUUUCUCAAAAUUUUGAGAUCGAUAAGAAAGUAGAAUUGAGCAUCCUUUUGUUACUACAUUAGAAAAUAUUAGGAUAAUACUUAUUAAUGAAUAUGUAAUUUUUUAGUUUUAGUUGACUAUGAUUUUACC